GAGAGAGAGAGAGAGAGAGAGAGGAUGGGGAGAGAGGAGACAGAGAGUGUGAGAGAGAGAUGGCUACUUAAUCAUCCAUGGUGCAGUGUGUGAGUGUGUGUGUAGCCACUCAGGUCCGGAAGAUGUAUCUGAAUCGUGGUCCCUCUCUCAGAUCACUCCUCUGAAGCGCGGACAGUCGCCCACAAUAACCGGCUCUAUAGCAGCCUCCGGGUUAUCUCAUCUCGGCGGAUCGCCACCGGUGCCGACCCGUAUCGGCUGUUCCUCCCGUAUCAUCUGAAUCACACACAAGAGAGAAAUGCGGUGGUGUUUCACUUUCUUUGCUUCCAAGGGCCCGUAUCUGUCACAUCUGUUCCCCGGAUCUUUGUUUCUGGACGGCAGGCUGCGGCUGCUGACCACGGCCUGUUGCUAAAAUCCCUACGUUCAUGAGAAGUCAACAGGAAGCAGAUUACUGAGGGAUUAAAUGCAUGCGCACGUAUGCACAUGCACACACAGAAAAUACCACAGUUCCAGGAUUUGACCGCUGUCCAACUGUGGAUCUCACACUGAAUGAACUUGUCUGAGUGACUGACUGAGACUCUCUCUGGUAUCAUGGACGAAGAGGAGGAGCCAACAGCGUCUCAUUGAAUUUAACUCACAUAACCCCACCUCCUUUCUCCUGCCUCUCUAUCGAAGGCUUUGGCUGGUCGAUGAGGAUUACAGACUUAUAACAAACACAGCAGAGCGUGCAGAGAGGCAGAGGAGCGCAGAGCCAACCGUCCGCCCGCUGCUGUCCCAUGAUGCAUCUACACAUGUAAGAGCAGGAUCAGCCACACAGAGGGCUGUUUCUAUGGAUACCCCUGUCCUGGGUAGUAUAAAUAAGACUCACUGAUAUUCUGACUAUCUGUGCAUGAGGAAAAUACAGUGAGAGAUUAGAAGUGCAUCCCUGCAACCUGACUACAGCAUCAAUCUUUGGAACAUCAUCAUCAAGUGUCAAGAGGAAAAUCUAUUAUUCUUAAACAUGUACUGUAGAUGCUUUACCAACACAUGUUUAAACCUGUAGCUGCAAGAUCACCGACUAAACCAAAUGUUAGAUUUCCUCCCACUUAGUUUAAUUUAUUUCGAUCCAUUCUGAGGUUCCUUUUGUUGCUCAGACUCUCCUUGUCCUAAACACCUCAAAGGUUGUGUUAACAACAGCUGGUUCAGUAAAAGGGUGAUUUAAUCAGAAUCUACCCACACAGUACCAGAAGAGGAGGUGUAGGUGGUGCACAAAGACACUUCUUAGGUCUGAAGGAAAUAACUCCCUUUCUAACCUGCUUGCAACCAGACUAGUUGUGGUACUGAAUUUGGGUCUUGUCCACAUAAGAACAGACAUCUAACAUGUACCAGCUACCUAGAGAAAAACCAGGUCUCUAGUUAAGGUUCUGGACUCACCAGCAAGAUGUAACAUUAUGCGCAUAAGACAAUAACAAAGCACUUUUAAUCUAGAUAUUGUGGGGAUUCAUCAAGUUGAGGUACCUGGAAUCUAUCUAUCAUCUGUCCCUGACACCUCCAGACUGGCUUAUCAUGGCCAGACAAGACACCCCCCUCUUCCUCCAUGGUUUUGACCUGGGUGGUCACUUUGUUGACCUUCGACCUCUUGGCACGGGUGUUACAGGCCUGGUCCUCUCAGCUGUGGACCAGCGCACUGGACAGCGUGUGGCAAUUAAAAAGCUGGUGAUGCGUGAUACCGUGACCGUGAAACACGCUCUGCGGGAAGUCAAAAUCACCCGACGGCUGUACCAUGAAAAUGUGGUGAGAGUUCAUGAGGUUUUGGCGCCGUAUGGACGACCACUGCCCAGAGACCCAACCCAGCUGAGUGCCCUGUACAUCGUCCAGGAGUGCAUGGAGACGGAUCUGGCUCGGCUGCUGGAACAAGGACCACUACACACAGGUCACGCUACUCUGCUGUUCUACCAGCUGCUGAGGGGACUGAAGUUCAUCCACUCUGCGAACGUCCUGCACAGAGAUCUGAAGCCUGCCAACAUAUUCAUCAACACAGACCAACUGCUACUCAAGAUUGGAGACUUCGGUCUGGCCAGAAUAGUCGACCCUCACUAUUCUCAUAAGGGCUAUCUGUCCGAGGGUCUGGUAACUAAGUGGUACUGUUCCCCCCGUCUGCUCCUGUCCCCCAACAACUAUACCAAGGCCAUAGACAUGUGGGCCGCUGGCUGCAUACUGGCUGAGAUGCUCACUGGACGCAUGCUGUUUGCAGGAGCUCAUGAGCUGGAGCAGAUGCAGCUGAUCCUCGACACAGUGCCAGUGCUGAGAGAGGAGGACAGGCAGGACCUGCUACAGGUGAUGCCUUCAUAUGUCUGUCAUGGAUGGAGAGUCAAGAAACCCUUUUCUGAAUUGCUGCCUGAAGUGGAUGCUCAGGCUGUGGACUUCCUUGACCGUAUCUUGACCUUUAACCCCAUGGAUCGGCUGACAGCUGAAGCAGCGCUGUCCCAUCCCUUCCUCCAGCAGUACUCCUGUCCAGAGGAUGAGCCCACCUCGUCGCAUCCCUUCCGCAUCGAGGAUGAACUAGAGGACAGCCUCAUCACCGAGCAGAGCCUCAGCAACAGCAACAGUCAGGCCUCCAGCAUCCACUGGGAGAGGUACGAGAACAGUUUAUCAACAGAUGUGUCCUGGCAGCAGUCAGGCGGGAGGUGUCACUGCAUGCCCCCUGACCACAUUACCUCUGACCUGGGAGACACCACAGAGGAUGAGGAGGUGCAGAGAGACCCCCGGGCCAGUUCCACCUUACUGUUAGAGGAGGCCCAGGUCGACCCACGCAAAUAUUCCCACAGCAGCUCAGCUGAACGCUUCCUGGAAAACUCUCACUCCUCUCUAGAACGGGCCUGUGGUUUGGGGUAUGGGGAACUGGACUGUGGCCGCUCCUGUGACUACAAAGUGGGCUCUCCUUCAUAUCUGGAUAAAAUUGCCUGGAGGGAGGGCAAGCCUCAAUACUACUCAGAGCCUAAGCUGAUCCUGGAUCUGUCUCAUUGGAAGCGUAACACUAACAGCUUCCCUGUGCCUGCUGAGCCUAUUGGUUGCAGCGUGGAGGUCCUGGGAGAAAAGGAGGAAGAAACAGAGGAGGAGGAGACGGGGGAUUUAUUCCAGGAGAUCUCUCGCUGGGUGGAGAGCACCCAGUCUCGUCUGCACUCACCCAGUCCCAGUCCGUCUUUGGAACCACGUUCACCCUCUCACUACACCUCCUCUCCCCCACUUCCUAUCUCCCCGACUGACCUCCCAACUCCAGUCUUCCACUACACGGAAGUUGUGCGGCAACCAUCAGCUGAAUAUAAUGAAGACAGUCCACUUCCACAUGUCACAUCUUCCUCUAAUUCCCUUCCCUUACUUCUCCCGUCAUCUCCCACCUCUCCACUUCCUCCUCAGUCACCUCAAAUAGUGUCUCCCCCCACCUUGCCACUUUUUCCUCCCCCAGAAUCUCAACCCCUUUCGUCUACUUCCUCCAUUUCUCAGCCAGUAAAUCAUGACUCCUUGGAGUCACUUCCUGUCAAGCAAAAAGAGCGGAUGUUCGACCUGGACGUGUUCAUAUCCCGAGCACUGAAACUGUGCAGGCAGAAUAGGGAGAAAGCAGACGGGAAGAAAGGGAAAGAGGGAGGAUGGAGGGAAGAAAGCAAACAGCCGAACAUUAACCGAAAGGUGCCCAGUCUUCCAGAGCACAGGAGUCUACCACCACAGACUCCCAACUCUUGAUUUUGAAUUUCAACUUCAGGUCCACCACAGUAUAACAUUGUAAUGAGAAGCACUUCCAAAUGCUCGUAGUGCUUUGCAUAGUGAGGCGUGUCCAUGGUUGAAUAUGCUGCUUAAAACAUUAGACCUUAGUGUUAGCAGCAGUUGUCUUUUUGUUACUAUUGCAAUGACACGCUACACGCUGUGACUAGAACCCUCACUUAAACAAGCAAUCGUGCAGCUUUGUCAAGAGGUGCUCUCAGGCAAAAACAGGUCCGAAAGCAUUUGGGUUAAAUAUAAAUAACCAUGCUUAGCAUUGCAAAUAUCAAGGAUUUGUUCUACAUGACAAUAUUGAGAAAUAAUCAGCUAAUUAAUAAUUGUGGUAUUUGUGGUUUGUCAAGUUAAAGAUGGGUUGAACUUUGACUUGAUAGCGACUUAUUCUGUGACGCAAACAUCUGCAAAUGACUAAGAGGGAACCGUCAGCCUGUUAACAAGAGUUAUCCAGGCUACUGUGUACUGGAGAACAGUAACCUACUGGAGAGGGAUCACUUGGUUUGUUUUAGAUUUGUGUUUCUAUACAAGAUCCCUUGCUGUGUGUCAGUAAUUUUUCAGUCUUCCAAUGGUGAUGUUCACCGAAUAACAAUAGUGACACGGGAAAUGCUUUUUCCAAGUUUCUCUGAAUGUAUUAAGUGAAAAAUAAUCAGUCAAGUUAUGCUACAUGGUGAACCAUAAGGAUUUUAUUUGUUGCUGUUUUAACACUCCCACAGUGACUUAAUGAGCUCUGUCACUGCUACAUGCCUUGUAAAACUGUGGUCAUAUUUAAUUCUAUAGUAUAUUUCUCAAGACUGUUGUUAAUGAUAUUCUUGUGUUUAAAAUAUUCUUGUAUUCUUUGUUGAUUGCUAGAGCACAAUUUUAUGUUAAUUUGGAGUGAGCUGUGGAUCAAUGUGGAAUGCUCUAUGGUAAUAAUUUAGGAUUAUUCAGCAAACUCUGCUCUAGUUCAGUUGUAAAUAGUUUCAUAUCCUGUCUGCCUGAUGCACCAAACAAGUCAUCAUCUGCUGUACACUUACUGAAAAAAUACUAUCCUCUUUGUACUAGACAGCCAGAUAUCUGUCAUCAUUUUGCUCACCUAAAUGUUAGCCACAGAAAGCUAUAUUGCAGACAGCAGUUACUCUGGAGAAUGUAAAUCCUUUACAACCAUUAUAGGAAGUGAUUUGCACUUAAAACUCCUCAACGCUGCCCAGUAACCAUAUUAAUAUAUGGAACAGAAAAUAACUAAAACAUAUAUUUUGAAAUACUUUUCUAUCCAACAUGUUAGACAGUAGACCCACAGAAUGUUAUUUAUUCCUGCAUUUGUUGGCUCCCUUUCAAGGUAACCAAAUCAGGUAAAAGAUACAGUCAGAUGUAAGUCAACAGAUGAUGGCUGUUGGCUUGUGCCUCUUAAUUUCUCACUCAACUGCAUCUGACAUUCACUUCACUUGUCGAACUAAAAAGCGUAUAGUGAGCAUACGGAAAUGACAUUAAAAUGAUUCUGCUGAGCCAGUGCCAAAAAGAAAUACAGUUAAAUCCAUGUGCCCCAUAUUCUGCAACCUAGAAGAAAUAGGCUUCCACCAUCCCUGGUUUCACUGUUUGACAUGAAAUGCUCUGCUGUGGGUGUGUCAUAGACUGUAUACAGUCAAUGGCUGUAUGUACACAAGGUUAUGGCUAUUGGGAAUGCCAGAGGAACAAUACUGAGUUGUAUAAAAAACACUGCCAGAAAAGCUACAACACAAAAUAAGACAUGUUUUAUCUGUCAUCGGCAUCUAAAACCCAUUCGUACUAGAAUAAUUUCCAGUUAGGAAGUAUUUCAUACCCUCUUACCUAUUGAUUUUAAUCCUCAAUCCACACCAUACAAUCUACACACAGAACACUAGUGUUACUAGCUACUAGGGUAGCAAGAGUUGCCCACCUAAGCCAUCUUCUUACAAUGCAGCAACUGUAUCUCUUUCUCUGCAGUGGAAAAGGUUGACAAGUUAACUGUUGCCUGCACCCUAAUGCUCACAUAAAGUUGGUCUAAAAAUGUUGACUUCCAUAAUACUUGCUGAAGCCAACAUUCACAGGUUGUGAACAGAUCACCACUUGCACAACACAGUAUGACUUCCUAAGAGCCAUAUGUGAACAGAACAACCUAUGAUACAGCAAAGCCAGGUAUAGUCUUUUAUAUUCACGAUAGACAUGAAGCACAUUUAGAGUCACUAGCACAUUCAGAAAUACAGGUUUUCCUCAGCGACAACUGAAACUCCACCACUGUCAAUGUUCAUUUUCAUCAAUAAUGUACCUCUAAGGUAUUAACUGUACCUGGGCUGGAUUGCUGGACUAACUGACAGAAGUGUUCAAGUUAAGAAAACACUCUGAUCCGGAGCCAUUUAUCUAUUUAUAAAUAUAGAUAGAAGCAGUGCUGCAGUCAAACUAAUUAAAAGCAGUCUAGUUUUUAACCAGUACAGGUCAUAUGAUCACAUUUUGCAUUAUACAAUUUCCUCUGCAGGUAACCUAAACCAGCAAUAACAUCACUGACAAAUAACACAAACAUACUGAAACACAUGUGUUAAAUCUCUGUGUGUGAAGCAAUGUAGAAAAUGUGCCUCAGUACACCUCAAUGCUUCCAGCUUGCUGAAUGUAACAUAUCCUCUCCCUCUGCAUGGCUUUCAUAGCUAUUCAAAUAGCUUAAACUUUGUUGUUUUUAUUAUGUGUCACUUUGUUGAGCAGUCAUAUUUCUGUGGGCUCUUAUUUCUUUUGUACUCAUGCUUCAAGGAGGCCUCAGCUGUUCAUUUGAAAACAGUUGUGAGAUUUUUAAAUGCUCAAUAUUGAUUGAUAGUGUCUCUUUUUAGCAGUUUCUGUUUUUGCUGAAAAAUUAAUAAAACACUGUUGUUUGACCUCA